GACCGAAGACCUCAUGGCAGUGCAAAACUGCAACUUGCUCGAUCUUCCCGAAAACUACCAAAUGAAAUACUGCAAUGUAUUUUCAGACCUCUAUCACGCAUUAUCUUGGCCACAAUUAUCCUAUGUAGCCGAAGACGAUAACGGUAAAAUUGUCGGCUAUGUGUUGGCCAAAAUGGAGGAAGAGCCCACCGAUGUUCCCCACGGUCAUAUCACAUCACUGUCGGUCAUGCGCACAUACAGACGUCUUGGUCUUGCAGAGAAAUUGAUGAAACAAGCAACACAACAGAUGGUCGAAGUUUUCGGCGCUCACUACGUCUCCUUGCACGUACGAAAAACCAACCGAGCCGCUAUCGGUCUGUACAGAGACACACUGCGUUUCAGUGUACAUGAUGUCGAAAAAAAGUAUUAUGCCGACGGAGAAGAUGCAUAUGCUAUGCGUUUAGACCUUGUUGAACCCAAGAAUCGAAAGAUUCGCGGUGUGGUUGAAGAAAUCAAUGAAGUAGCAGCUCACUAA